AUGACUUCGGAAGACCGGGGCACCGGAACGUCUCAUACACCCCGAACACCCAACACAAGACCCACCACGGAGACAACCACCGAAUCCGAUGACCAGACACACCCCGAAACUAUCGAAUACUUACUUGAUUCAUCAGAAGAGGUGGCGACAAACGGCUCGGAGAAAGUGAAAAAGCGUCGGCAGCGUACGCACCCGAAAUCCGUUCCCGGCUACGACAACCCAAAAUUGCUGCGGUGCCGCACCGAAGAUUCGCAGCGGAAGCGGAGGCGCAGAAAUAAGAAGAAACAGCUGAAUACCAUCGAGGCGACACUCAGCUCGGAGAAGAUCAAUCGACGCCAGAAGACGUCAGGAAGUGGAGGGAUACGCAAACGUGUGCAGCCGUCGAUGUCGCAGCAGCAGCAGAUGGACGACUUGAAGAAGCGCCAGGAGAAGAACCGCCUGCUCCGGCAAAGCCUCGAGAAGCGCGCUCGCACGCCCGGGACGGCGGAGCUCGUGCUCGACGCGACGCAGAUCGCCUCGGAAAGCACGAAAGUG